AUGAAAGCUUAAAAUAUUUUUGGAAAUUCUCAUGAUAAUAGUAAACUAAUGGAAUUAUAUGAGAUCUUGCAAAUUAUUAAAAAUCAAUCUAUUGAUUAAUUGAGAAUUUAAGGUUAAGAAGAUAUAUUUGAUAAAAUCUCUAUCCUCUACAAUUAUUUAAUGUUCAAUGAAAUCUAACAAUUAAUAAGUUUUAUUUGCAAACACAAAAAAUAGUUCUAGGAGUCAAUCAUUAUGUAUUAGUUCUUGAAAUAGCAAGAAUGUUAAAUUAGCAAGACCUUAAAUAUUAAUAAUUUAAUGGAAUCCUAUGAAAGUAUGGCAAAUGAAUAGGAUGGUAAUUAGAACAAGAAUGAUGCGACAUAAUACAAAAUCUUUAUUUGUUGUUUGAAGUUAUUCACAAAAUAAAUAUCUAAUGAAGAGGAUUCGAAAAUUUAUAAUAAGCUUCACAAAUAAUUAAAUUUCUAUAUCGAUUAAAAUUUAUCGAGUAACAACCCUCUCAUAUUGAUUUCCUAAAUAAACAUGUUUCAAUUACCUUAUAAACAAUACAUUUUGUUGUAUUCAUCCUUUUAAAUAUUGAUAAAUACUCUCAAAUACAAACAAUUUAUUGAUUUUACAGAAAAAAAUUAUUAAUAUUAAACUCAAUUGCUCCCAAAAAUAUUAAAUAUUAGUUAAUAGACAUCUUCAUUUCACACAUAGAUAUGGAAAUUUUAAUCUAUUCUUAUUGAUGUUACACAAAAGUAAUGAUUAUUUUUUCAUAAUGUUUAGUUUAAUCAAUUUCAAUGAAUUAUUUAGCAUAACCUAGCAUUCAUUUAAAAACGAAGGAGUUUAAAAGAUUGCUUUUAGUUUCAAUAAUAUUUCAAGAGGAUUUAAAGUUAUGAAAAUUAUUUUGGAAGAAUCUAUAUUAAAAUAUUUUUAUGAAUCAAUAGAGUUAAAAUUAGAAGAAUAAAAAUAAUUAAGCCAUGAUUAAAUUUAGUAAAAAGAAAGUGUUCCAUUUAAACCAUAAGUUCAUAUUGUUUUUCAUGGUUUGGAAGACAUCAAUUUAGAUAAUCCAAAAUAAACAAAACUGGAUUUAGAAAUAUAAAUUCAAAUAGGAGAAAAUGAGUUUUUGUCAUUAAAUAACUAAUAAAAUAAUUAAACAUUAAUUUGGAAUUAUGAAAAGAUUAAGCAUUUCAAUUUGAUAAUUUCCUUAUUGGCUUAAAUAUUUGAGUGUUGCUAAUUAUGGGUAUAAUAUAUCCCUAAGAAUCCUAAAGAAUAUUUUGAAUUUUUGUGUUCUUAAGUUAGCAAGCAGAAGCUAGAGGUAGAUCGAUAAACAUUAACAAAUUGGUUUCAGAAGGAAAAACCAAAUAUUAACAAUUGUAUUGAAUCACUUUUGGCUCUAUUAGAAAGCCUAGAGUUUUUACUUCUAAAAGUAGUAAAAUAUAAUUUAUUUAGAUUGAAAGCACUAUUAAUAAAGAAAUAUCAAAAUAUUAAAAAGAAAAACCAAUAACUUUAAACAAAGAGAAAUUUGCAAAAGUGCUUAUUUAAUCAGGUUUCAAAAUAGAGUAUGAUUUAAUCAAUAGAAUAGAAUUAAGGUUAGCUGAAAACAUGAAAAAUAAUUUAGAAUAAAUAUUGAAUGAAAUUAACCCUAAAACUCAAAAAAUAAAAGGGAUUGUAUAAUUAAUAAAAAAAUUCGCUCCUAACUUUAAAUGA